GCUAGACCUAGAUCGUUCAACGGGAAUUCAUCAGAUUGUCGAUUGAUGCAUGGUGGCUGUGUGUUGUGCUUGCCUGGCUUUGUCGCCACUCUGUGCACUUCGAGUUGUGGCCAUCCAGGCUCUCGUUCGUCGAACGGAGGUAUAACUCAGAAACAUUCAUAUCCAAUAUCCCAACGGCCUCAACCAGCCCAAAUAACCCUACCUCAUACACGCAAUGGCUGAUUCCAACCGCAAGCGGUCGCGCUCUCCCUCGGACAGCGAGAAUCAGAAGCAGUACAAACGGGCAAACACUGGUGCAGCCCCCUCCUCGAAUGACUUGCCCAGCACUCCAGGGCCGCCCGCGACGACGGAAAUGAACACAGCGGACGAAGGGUCAUCAUCUCCUCCCCAGAAGGCCAGCGAAGAAGCGAAGAGCUCGACGAACGAGGGUGCCGCAACCAGCACCGCUGCUUCUGCAGACGCCUCCACUGCCCCAUCCCCCAUGAUCCAUAUGCGCUGCCUGAUCGUGACCCAGGACGCUUCCAUCAUCAUCGGCAAAGGUGGAAGUCACGUCAACGAAAUACGAGAGAAGAGCGGGGCUCGUGUCAUGGUGUCGGAGAGCAUUCCAGGCAACCCAGAGCGUAUCUUGAACGUCAGCGGACCUCUGGACGCAGUCUCCAAGGCCUUUGGGCUAAUUGUCCGUCGUAUAAAUGACGAGCCCUUCGAUGUGCCCUCUGUCCCGGGGAGUCGCGCUGUGACCAUCAAGUUCAUGAUUCCCAACUCGCGCAUGGGCUCGGUGAUUGGGAGGCAGGGCUCAAAAAUCAAGGAGAUUCAAGAUGCCAGCGGCGCAAGACUGAACGCAAGUGAAGGCAUGCUGCCCGGCUCAACAGAGCGUGUUCUUAGUGUGGCAGGUGUUGCUGAUGCCAUCCACAUCGCAACGUACUAUAUCGGCACCAUUCUCAUCGAAGCGCAAGAGCGCAUGCCUUCGUCCACCAAUUCCAGCUAUCGUCCCUCCACCAACCGUCGGCCACCGUCGUCAGCCGGCUCCUAUUCCGGUUCUUCAUACGUCCCGGGGUACUCUAACCCUUACGCCCCUCCCCCUCCCAGUCAGCAAACAUCUCAGGGACCACUCCAAACUCAGCAGAUCUACAUACCGAAUGAUCUGGUUGGCUGCAUCAUCGGGAAGGGGGGCAGUAAGAUCAACGAAAUCAGGGUAGCCAGUGCCAGUCAAAUCAAGAUCAUGGAACCUGGAGCUGUCCCCCCUGGGACGACUGCUGCACCGGGAGGCGAGAACGAGCGUCUAGUGGUCAUCACUGGCCAACCUACAAAUAUCCAGAUGGCCGUGCAGCUAUUGUAUCACCGGCUGGAACAAGAGAAACAAAAACAACUGCGUGGUCCAUGAGUUACUGAAUAUUUCAUUGCAUAUCUCCGUGUACAGUACAAAGCAUGUACUUGCCUCUUGCGUUUGCUUUCUUGCACCCAUUCUCAGAACCACCCCUUCCAUCUCCUGAUCAGAGGGAGGCCGCUCGCUGAGCCGACAAAACACCCCGAUAUCUCAUCUUUCCCGCUCUUAAUUUGUCCAUGCCAGCUUGUACGCCGGCCUUUGUCAUAGGAAAGACUUCGAUAAUGGGUUGGAUCUGGUGCCGGGCAGCGAAAUCUAGCAUUCUUCGGUGAACAGCACGCGAGGCUACGCUUGAGCCUUGGAUCGUAAAGCCAAAGUUGACGAGGGGAUAGAGAGAUAUUCCGAUCGGUCCAGUGUCAACCGUGAGCGGGAAAAUGGUGGCUUUGGGCUUCAGGAUUGCAAGAAAUCUACAUGAGUUAUUCAGAGGGUGAACCAGGUUGAAUCGACAACACUCACGGCUUCCAUUUAGGCUGGGAACUAGUGGUCACGAUCAAAUGGUCCAAAGGCUGCACACCUUCAAACCGAGUCACGCCUUCCGUGUGGUGGAAUUCCGUUGCACCCAGCCGAAACGCCUCCUCUUCUUUCGAUCGUGUGCUCGAGAAAACGACCACAGUAGCCCCCAUUUUGGCUAGGAAUUGGAUCGCCAGAUGUCCCAGCCCUCCGAUUCCGAUAACGCCGAUUCGCUGUGUCGGACGCAGUUGAUAAGUCUCCAUGACCUCGAAGACAGUCGCGCCCCCACACAUGAGAGGUGCUGCGUGUUCUGAUGAGAUUCCUGCUGGGAUCUUGAACAGAAACGCCGCGUCUUGGAGCGCAUAGAAACCGAAGGAGCCUUGAUUCAAGUUGGCUUUUCCAUAUCUGGAUGAUGGUUCAGAUAUACGGAAUGAACGAGCAGCGAGGGGGGUACUUUUGACGUUUGGGGCAAUACUGAUCUUGACCUGGACACCAUAGUUAGGGCUCAAGAAAGGCUCAAAACUAUCGGAUGACACACCAAGUUCGCACUGCUCACACCGACCACACGUUUUGUGUGUGUAUCCCCACCCAACAACAUCUCCGACCGUUAAACCCUGCACGUCUUGCCCGAGUUCCAACACAAUGCCGACUCCUUCAUGUCCCAGCACCAUAUCAGAGUGUCUGAAGUGUUCGUCCGUUCCACAUAUACCAGAGUGGGUGAUCUUGACCAGCACCUGGUUGCCGAAAGGCUUGGAGAUGACAGUCGAGCUUUGCACAAUCUCGCCGCUCUUGGAGCCUUUGAAGACAGUAGAUUCCAAGUAGGGCAUGGGGUAGACAUAGGAAAGAGAAGGUCGUAUUCUCGGCAGUGAGGUACGCUGUUGUUUCUGUGCAGUGUGCUAGUUCGAGAGGAGUUGAAUGAAGGACCGGGUUCGGUUGGAGCAGUUGCCGGGUUCAUAUGCAGUGUGCGCGUUCGACCUCGCUUGUCCAGUCUCAUACGACAUGAGCAUUGCGUCUUUGAGAAGCCCAAAGAGCUAGCACCACAGUUCGGGAUCCCGGUCCUAGCGGUGAGAAUCGAGGACUGGAAACAAGCUGAUAGUGUGCGCAGUGCGCACUGCUGGGCUAAGCAUGGCCACGCCACAGAAUCGGGACGGUGGAAGAUGAUCCGGAUCGGAUCACAUUGCGAGCAAACACGAUAAUACAGAUCACCAGUUUUUCGUUCUCAAUCCUUCAUGUCUUCAGUUCUCAAGGCCCAAAAGGCCAACGCGUCUUCGAAGGAGACGAGGAAGAGCAAGGGAAAGAGGAAGGCAGAUGAGAUGGAUGUGGACGAUGGGGUGACUGUGGAACCCAAGAAGAAGAAAAACAAGCAGCGAGUGCUUUGCUCUCCUCCCGCGGGAUUACGCACCGAAUGCGGCAUUUUAUGAAUGACCUGGAGGUUCUACUUCCCCAUGUUAAAAAAGACUCGAAGCUCGACUCCAAGUCCCAGCUCCAUUUGAUUCCUGAACUUGCCGAUCUGAACAACUGUAACAACACGCUCUAUUUCGAAGCUCGGAGACACGAGGAUCUCUACCUUUGGGCUGCGAAGACGCCCAAUGGACCAAGCAUCAAAAUGCAUGUGCAGAAUGUACACACCAUGGACGAAUUGAAGAUGACCGGCAACUGUUUGAAAGGAAGCAGGGGGCUACUCAGCUUUGACAAGGCUUUCGACGACACCGAAUGGGGGAGAUUGACGAAAGAGCUCUUCACUCAUAUCUUCGGAGUUCCGCCUACAGCGCGGAAAGCCAAGCCGUUCAUCGACCACAUCCUCACGUUCUCCAUACUGGACUCGAAGAUCUGGUUCCGCAACUUCCAAAUCCUAGAAAAAGAUCCCCUGCAACCUAAUGGGCCACCCCAAACUUCGCUGAUUGAAAUUGGUCCCCGUUUUGUGUUGACACCGAUCCGGAUAUUCGAGGGCGCGUUCAACGGGGCCACAGUUUAUUCGAAUCCCGAAUUCGUCUCUCCAUCUGCCGUUCGGUCUGCGAUCCGCCGGGAGCAGGGGUCCAAGUAUGGGCGACGCAAACAGGCAGAAGAGGAGGAGCUCGCCAGGAAAGAGCUCCGCAAGAGGGACGAGGACGAACUGGCUGUUUCCAAAGUCUUUGUUUGAUUUCGUGGUAAAUAACGUGACGUUCAUCUGGCUAUUUUACCGGC